AUGGCCCUCGUGAAGGAAAAUGCGGACCUGAAGGAGCGGGUGGAAAAACUAGAACUCGGACUCAUCCAGCUCUCUGGAGAGAGAGACAUGAUAAGAAAGUCCAUCAAACCAAAUGACCAUCAGACAGCAGUGGCCAAGACCCAGCACCAGAAGAACGAUGUUAGCAUGCUGUCCGAGGCCGAGGAGGGGAUGAAGGUGAAGCUGCUGGAGCUGCAGGGCCCAGUGAUGCAGCUUAUGAUCGGCCACGAGGUCCAGCGCCCUGCUAAUGAUUCCACUCCAGGGGCCCCAGCCCCCCAGGAGCCUGGUGCUGCUGACAAGGAUGAAUUUUAUGAGAUGAGCCCGGACGAUGACAGCGACAGCCUGGAGCCUGCAGGAGGGAGGGUACACCACACCCCACUGCACAGCAGAUUGCUCACGGCUGUGUGAGCUGCGGGAUGGCCAGCAACACCGACC